AAGAUAAGGAGUAAGUGAAGGAGGAGGGGUUUAGUGACAUAUAUAACACACCUGUCUCAGAGAAGACAGAGCUACUCAGAGGGAGAGGGACAGCUGACAACAACCACGACAAACAACAUCUACAACAUCAGGUUUUCCUCUCCAAUCUCCAGGGAUGGACCAAUCUCUGAUCCUCAUCCUGUUGUUCUCAGGACUGUCCAUCCUCUCAUAAUGAUGGUUGGUUCUCCACAGGGCUGUCCAUCCUCCCCUCAUCCCUCCCUCAUCAGUUCCACUUUGUGAACUUGAAAAAGACCUGGACAGAAGCUCAGAGUUUCUGCAGACAGAACUACACUGACCUGGCCACCAUAGAUGAGGACAUGGCAGAUAUGAAGAAGCUCAACAACACAUUAUCAGCAGCUGGUUGGAUAGAAUCAGCCUGGAUAGGACUGUAUAACAACAUCUGGAGGUGGUCUCUGGGAAACAGAGCGUUAGAGGGGGAGGGGUUCUGGGCCCAAGGACAGCCAAAUAUUGAUCCCAACAGCAAAGAUUUCUGUGUGUGUAUGAUGCUAAAUGGGUCUUGGUUUAAUAACAACUGUAACACGACAUCGAAUUUCAUCUGCUAUGACAAAAAUGCAACCAAUAAGUACAUUCACAUCGAUGAAUCUAAGACUUGGAGUGAUGCUCAGAGCUACUGUUGGGAGAACCACACAGACCUGGCCAGUGUGAGGAACACAACAGAGAUGGAGGCCAUAAAGACUUUCACACUAAAACAUGACAACAAUCUUACAUACAGAGCGUGGAUUGGCCUGCAUAAACCUCUUGGUGUCUGGUGGUGGUCUGACCAGAGUGGCUCCUCCUACAGAAACUGGGACUCAAACGAGCCGAAUGGGGCAGGUGUGGGAAAGGAAGGAUAUUUCUGUGGAGAAGUAAUAUCGUCUGGAAAGUGGAACGAUAAAGGAUGUACUCAAGAACAACCCUUUAUUUGCUACGAUGAUGAACUGGUCCUGGUCUCAGAGAACAAGACGUGGUCAGAAGCCCUGUGGCACUGCAGAGACCAGAACAUGGAGCUGGUGUCUGCCCACAACCAGAACAUCCAGCACUGGGUUCAACAGAGAGCCAAGAAGGCCUCCACUCCCUUCGUCUGGCUGGGCCUGAGGUACACCUGCACUCUGGACAUCUGGUUCUGGGUCAAUGGAGAAGAGUCCUGCUACCACAACUGGGCUGACGGGGAGGGCUACAACACCAUGAAGGAGCAGUGUGGGAACAUGGGGGCCAUACAGAAAGACUGGGGACAGUGGGUCGGCAAGUCUGAGACUGAGAGAUUCAACUUCAUCUGCAGCAACAGUACUGAUUACUAGGACCAGAGCCUGUUCUCUGGACCAGCUGAACCGUACAGUCCAACACGUUGUUACAGAUCCUGCUCUGUAGACCAGCUGAACCCUACAGCCCAACACAUUGUUCCAGACCCUGCUCUGUCGACCAGCUGAACACUACAGUCCAGAAUGUUCCAGACCAGAAUGUUCCAGGCCCUGCUCUGUAGACCAGCUGAACACUACAGUCCAGAAUGUUCCAGACCAGAAUGUUCCAGGCCCUGCUCUGUAGACCAGCUGAACACUACAGUCCAGAAUGUUCCAGACCAGAAUGUUCCAGGCCCUGCUCUGUAGACCAGCUGAACACUACAGUCCAGAAUGUUCCAGACUAGAAUGUUCCAGAUCCUGCUCUGUAGACUAGCUGAACACUACAGUCCAGAAUGUUCCAGUCCAGAAUGUUCCAGGCCAGAAUGUUCCAGUCCAGAAUGUUCCAGUCCAGAAUGUUCCAGAACCUGCUCUGUAGACCAGCUGAACACUACAGUCCAGAAUGUUCCAGACCAGAAUGUUCCAGACCCUGCUCUGUUGACCAGCUGAACCCUACAGUCCAACACAUUGUUCCAGACCAAUCUCUGUAGACCAGCUGAACACUACAGUCCAGAAUGUUCCAGUCCAGAAUGUUCCAGAACCUGCUCUGUAGACCAGCUGAACACUACAGCCCAGAAUGUUCCAGAUAUACUCAGACUUACAUCAUACAAGGUGAUGGAUACUCAUUAUUUAAAAUAUAUAUUUUUAUUUGUUUACAGUGAGUUCCAAAAUUAUUGGGACAGUGACAAAUGUUUAGUAGUUUUGGCUCUGUACUCCAACAUUUUCAUUGCAUGUUAGGAAUAUGGGACCAAAUACUUAGCGUUUGAUUAUUUUAGUACAUAUUGAAGUGAAUUUGUCCCAAUACUUUUGGUCCACUAAAAUGGGGACUAUGUUCAAAAAGUGCUGUCAUUUCUAAACGGUUAACCCGAUAUGGAUGAAAAUACUGACUGUCUGGACUUUAACCUCACACUCAUUGUAUUAUUAAAGAUCCAAAGUGCUGGAGUACAGAGCCUGAAGAACACACAGAGUGUCUCUGUCCCGAUACUAUUGAAGCUCAAAGGAAAUAAAACAUAGAGCUACAUAGAGCUCACUGGAAAUAAAACAUAGAGCUACAUAGAGUUCUCUGGAAAUAAAACAUAGAACUACAUAGAGCUCACUGGAAAUAAAACAUAAAGCUACAUAGAGUUCUCUGGAAAUAAAAAAUAGAACUACAUAGAGCUCACUGGAAAUAAUUAGCUGUUGCAAAAGUAGUAACUACAAUUUCUGCAUGAAUCAUGACGUAACAUGACAUAACACAGAACAUUAAUAGACAAGAACAGCUCAAAGACAGAACUAUACUAGAUUAUAAAAUCCACACGUAGCCUAACCUGUAUCUCCGCACACUGACCCGGUACCGGUACCCCCUGUUUAUAGCCUCCACACUGACCCGGUACCGGUGCCCCCUGUUUAUAGCCUCGUUAUUGUUAUGUUAGGGUGUUACUUUUCUUUAACUAUUUUUACUUUAGUUUAUUAAGUUACAUUUUUUUAACUGUAUCUUGAACUGAUAUUUGAUAUUAUAUAAGGAGAUGGAAUCAUGAUUUUAUAAUGACAUGUUUUAUAUGUAAUGUAACUACCACACUGUUGGUGUUUCCAUAUUUACUUACUAUACUUGUUGAUGUUAAUGAAUGUUAAAGGGGAACUUUUAGUUGUUCUAAACAUUCAGUUGAUUUAUUUAUUUUCUAUUACAACUUGCUGAUACUGUUUCCAGAGUUUAUUUCACUUCAUUCAUCAUUUUAUCUAGACCGUUAAUUAUAUUCCAAUACAGAAAUGUUUUAAGAUCUUUUGAGUGGUUUAAGUUGUUUUAACAAUAUUGUACCAACAUGUCAUUUUUCUAUGAUACUAGUGUGUAACAUUUAAAUGACAGUAUCUGUUCUGGUGCUGGUGGUGGUCUUCAUGUAAAGGGGCAAUCUGUGACGGGGCAUCCGUUUUAGUUUUUUUUAAUCAAUGUAUGUUCGUUCUUGAAGAAUAUGACUGACAAAUGCCUCAUGAGCUUAAUUCAACUGUCCUUUUCCAUCAGAACCCAACAUAUGAACUAGUUUUAUUCCAUUGUUUGUAAACAAUGUAAUAGUUUCUGUUCUGGUGCUGGUGGUGGUCUUCAUGUAAAGUGGCAAUCUGUGAUCUGGAAUUAAAUUUUAGGAUUUAAAAUGAUGUACCCAUUGAUUCUUGAAGAUUAUAACUUAUAAAUGCCUUGUGAUCUUAGUCCAACUGUCAUUUCCCAUCAGAACCCAAAAUGUAAACUUUUUUUACUCCAUGAUUUCUAAGCAAUGUAAUUGUAAACAAACACAGUUUAGUCUCAAAAACAUAGUUUAAACUAUAAUGUUGAUAUCAUGGUUAGUCAUUCUGUAUAGUCUCAGAAUCAUAGUUUAAACUAUAAUGUUGAUAUCAGAGAUGGUCAUUCUGUAUAGUCUCAGAAACAUAAUUUAAACUAUAAUGUUGAUAUGAUGGAUGGUCAUCCUGUAUAGUCUCAGAAAAACAGUUUAAACUAUAAUGUUGAUAUCAUGGAUGGUCAUCCUGUAUAGUCUCAGAAAUAUAUGUUUAACUAUAAUGUUGAUAUGAUGGAUUGUCAGUACAUGAAAUCAUUGCACUGUCCAUUAAUUUGAGAGUGGUUACAUUUCUCUAGCCCCAUCCUUCAGUUUUUACCAAAAUAGUGGUGGGGUUUACACUUUGUUAUUGGUUGAACUGCAGAUUGCCCUUUAACUAUUUGACUAUGGUACAUUCAUCCUUUUCACAGUAAAAAAAAAAUCAAUAAAGGUAUGAA